AUUGCCCUACAUGGCAACAGAGAUUUCGCAAUCGGCUCGCGUCCACGCUCGAAACAAAAACAGGACGAGCGCUCGCGGACAUUUGGAGCAAUUCAAGCAGGAAACUUUUGUCCCACCAGUGUGAGCUGUCAGCGCUUCUUCACGCUGGUGUCGCCCCGUCAAGGUGCCCGUCUUCCACUUCCCGGUCAGCGGUCACACAAAUGAGCCGGCCGUCGCAGCCUAAAGUCUUGUCAUCGGAGCACAACGGCGUGAGCGUCAUCCAGAGUCAGAGCCACGCCGCCGCUUCCUCCGCCGCCGCCGCCGCCCUCCUACAGCAGGUCCCCCAGCUGGUGCCCGCCCACCCGUCGUCCCCGGGCGCCAAGGCCGCCGCCCCCGGCAAGAUGAAGAAGGCCCAGGCGGACAAGGACAGCGACGAGUACCGUCAGCGGCGCGAGCGGAACAAUCUGGCGGUGAAGAAGAGUCGUCAGCGCAGCAAGCAGAAAGCCAUGGACACGCAGCAGCGGGUCAACCAGCUCAAGGAGGAGAACGAGCGUCUGGAGGCCAAAAUCAAACUGCUCAGUAAAGAACUGAGCGUGCUCAAAGACCUCUUCCUGGAACAUGCUCACAACCUGGCCGACAACGUGCAGCCCCCCUCCGGGAACACCGACGCCAGCCCCGCCCCCGACAACCAGUGAGUGACACUCACUGGCUAGCCCUCGCCCCCGCAGUGACUCGAAACAGCCAACCGCGUGAUUGGCCCGUCACGUCGCAGCACCUUCGUCCAAUAGGAAUGAGGCACUGGGGCGCCGCCUGCCAACUUUUCGUCGUUUUCAAUUUGAAAACUUUUCACUUGUUUGGACGAGGGCAUCACAUGACACUCGAGCUCUUCCUUUUGUUUCACUUCCUGUUCACUCAUGCUCAUUUGCUGCCGGCUAACCUUCUGAUGUCUGUUAGCGUGGUCCCUAGCGUGACUGUUCGUGAUGGACUCACACUUCGACUCGUAGACUCGUGUGAUUGGCUGGCGACCGGUCCUGGGUUUGCCGCGCCUCUCACAAGAGUCAACUGGGAUAGGCUACAGCUCGCCCGCGACCUUCGUGAGGAGAAGCGAUCUGGAACAGGAAUGAUGGACUUCUGGACUCCACACUCUUGACUCUUGAUUCUGCAAUCGACUCAACACUCUUAACUGUUGAAUCUGUACUCGUGACUCUACGCUCUUGACGCUCGGGUCACGACUAUUUAUUGUCGAGUCUAGAUUAUUCAGUGAGGACUCUAGACUAAUAAGUAUGAAUUCCGGACUAGACAUGACUUUUGAUUCUCGUCUCUGGACUCUAAAACUCCGAGGUCUUCAUUUUCGACGGUCGAAUUGAAGUGCGUUUCCUUUUCUUGACUUCACAGUUGAGACUCUGAUCCUGAAUUCUGAACUCUAGACUCUUGUGACACUGCACGUGUUAGCAUUGUUCACCGCUCGUACGCUCUGUAAUUCGCAUGUUGAACCUCAUCUGUUUAUUAGCGUUUCUGUUCCAAACCGCAGCUCAAAUUCUUUUUAUUUGCAUGUUCCCCUUUGUGUGGCUAACGCUAAACGUUCAUGAGCAUGUUCCUUCCCCCUGGCAUGGCUAACACUAAAUGUGGUGUGGUGUCUUUUAUUUUUUUCAUGGCAGCAGAGAUGGCUUCCCAGUUGACUUUUGUGUUUGAUGCUGCGCCCCUUGCAGUAACGAGGACCAACCAGAUCCUCAUCAGGCUUUUGUGAAAUAAACUCGUUGAAAUUGGACCAACAACACCAGAUAUUAUUUAUUUACACCAUUGGAAAAACAAUUGUUUUUAUAUUUUUUUUCUUGAUCUUUCUGUGCUUUGAAUUGAAUGGUAAUAAAAACCUGUUGGAUGGA